AUGCCGCAGAAGCUCACGGUCGCGGUGGCGCAAGCCAGCACCCAGUCCACCCUAGCAGCCACCUUGGCGGCUCUGGAGCGAGUGACUCGCCAUGCUGCGGCCCGCGGGGUGCACUUGAUUCUCUUUCCCGAGGCAUAUCUUGGGGGCUAUCCCAGAACCUGUGACUUUGGCACAGCUGUAGGUGCCCGUGGCGCUCAUGGGCGCGACCAAUUCCUCGAAUACUUCCAUGCGGCGGUCGACUUGGGUGACACCCCCACGGGAGCUGGGGACGACUGGGUGAACCGUAGAUUGCCUCUUCCGCGAGGCAAGGAAUACCGCGGGGAUGGCACCCGAGAGGCGCUGGAGAAAAUCUCCCGCGAAACUGGUGUGUUCAUCGUGUGUGGCGUCAUUGAGCGCGCCGGGGGUAGCCUGUAUUGUUCCGCUAUCUAUGUCGAUCCGCGCGAUGGCGCCUUGGGCAAGCGGCGGAAGGUCAUGCCGACGGCCUCGGAGCGUCUGAUCUGGGCUCAAGGAUCCCCUUCCACCCUCAAGGCUGUCACCACUGAACUUAAUGGGGUUCGGCUGACCAUCGGGGCCGCAAUCUGCUGGGAGAAUUACAUGCCGAUGCUUCGACAGAGCCUGUACUCUCAGAAUGUCAACCUCUAUCUAGCCCCGACGGCCGAUGCCCGCGAUACCUGGCUGCCGUUGAUGCGCACAGUGGCCGGAGAAGGCCGUACGUUCGUUUUAUCCGCCAACCAAUGUGUGCGACGCCGGGAACUGCCUGGACGGAUCACGGCCAACUCCCAGGACAAACACAAUGGUGAUGACUAUGUGUGUCGGGGCGGCUCCUGCAUUGUCGGUCCCCUGGGAGAAGUCCUCAGUGACCCCAUCUGGGAAGUGAGCACAGAUGAUGUGACUGACGCCAGUGAUCCAAAUGAUCCAGCAAUGGCAGCCGCACUGUCUAUCACGGAGAUUGAUAUGGAGGAUUGUGAGCGCGGCCGGUUAGAUCUGGACGUGGCGGGGAGUUACUCACGCAAUGACUCCUUCAAGCUGACAGUAGAUGGGCUGGACCUGAACCCUCCGCCACUAUAUGCCCGUGCUCUGGAGGAGCGGAUCAUCGAACUAGAGUCCCAACAACAUGGUUCCACUGAUCCUACUCUCGAGCCGGGCCCAACUCCAGGCCUGAGGAAGACAGACGUGCAUCCGACAGAGUCACUCGAACCGCCGCAAGGACGAAUAACCCGAGCCCAGACUGAAGAAGCAACAUUCCCAGCAAUUCGUCUCUCAUCCCAUGGCCCGGGUGAUGGCGAAGGCACCCAAGCUGGGAGUACCCCUUCUAUUACCAUACUUCCCCCCCUUCACACGCCACAAUCGGGGUCACUGGAAGGGACCAACUAUGAGACGGAGAUCUCGUCACAGACCCAGGAUGAGCUGAUCCAAAUCUUCCUAAAGCGCGUGAACCCGCGCUAUCCCUUUCUCCACGAAGAAACCUUCAUCGCCUGGUACGAUGCAUGGAAAGCGUCCAGGAACUUGGGCGUGCCUCUGCCGCCGGAAGAGCAGUGGAAAGCAUUCUUCAUCAAGAUGGCACUUGCCGUUAGCCUUUUGAUCGCACCUCGAGUAUCAACCCGAGAUAUGAAAGUUUCUCAGGCUCUAUAUUCCUCCGCUGCAUCAUCUCUAGAUGCUGUAUUCGCUUGUCUUGACCCUGUAUUGCAUGCGCAAGCCUACUUACUGUGCACGCUGCAUGCACUUCACUCGCCUUCUUCGCAAACGGUUUUGACAAUGAUUUCUGCAGCCGUGCGUUGCUGCGUGAUUGCACAGUUGCAUUUAUCAGCAGUAGAACACCAACCGCAAGAACUGCUCUGUGAGAGGCAGAUCCGGCGCCGUGUGUUCUGGUCUGCUUACGCGAUUGAUCGCCUGGUCAGUUGGGUUUAUCAUGUCCCGUGCAGUCUCGUGGACGAAGACAUCCAAGUUGAGCCUUUUGCGAACAUGAACGACGAUGAGAUAAAAGAAUGGCAAGCCCGGGCUGAUCGGCCGGAUCUGGACGAGUCCACCCCGCGCAGGACCCAAGUGUCGUCCGCUCUUCACCUGAUUCGCGGGAGGAGAAUUCAAUCCCGCAUCUUGAGCAUCAUGAUGCGGGCGGAUUACGAUCAGCGAUUUGCUGGAUCUCAUCAAUGGCGUCUUCAUAUGCUUGAGGUGCUCAAUGACUGGAAAGCGCAGCUGGAACCCCAUAGCGACCCUCUCUCUAAGGGCUACACCAGCGAAGGAUGGGUAGGCAUGCUGUACAACUAUACAGUGCUACUCCUUUACCGGCCUACGAAAGCGAACAUGAGUGGCUUGGUCAUGGAGCAUUGCAUUAGAGCUUGUACCGACAUUGCACUGACAUUCUGGAAGUAUCUCAAGAGCCGUCAGACGGCUCAACUAUGGCCGGGUCUGCUUAGUCAGUUUGGUAUAGGGAUUACGCUGUUAUACUGCCUAUGGGUGGUGCCACCAUCGCAUCGAUCCGUCGAAAUUCAGUCACCAAAGAUUGGCACUGCCAUUCGGACGUGCUCCGUGAUCUUGGCAGUCCUGUCCGAGCGGUGGACUGAAGCCGAACCAUUGCGGGAUAUCUUUGAUCUCUUGGCGGACAGCAUCCCGGUCUAUUGGUCUCCUGAUAAUGGCGAAGCAAGCCACAUCUCGGUGUCCUCGGCAGACACGAUUCAGGGGUACUUGCCCCGGGUGACGGCCAUCGUCAUCAACAAAGACAUUAUGCGCAUGCUUAUUGAGAUGACUACGGAGGAUUAUCCGUGGGCCGCAGGUCGGCCGGUGAAUGGGGGUAACUGGUCGUCUAGUGAUGUGCACAAUGCCCAUGAAUGUCCUCUGUGCUGGGGGACCCGAGCAGACCCAGCAAAGUUGCCUUCGGUCGGCUUUGAUGCAGGAAUCCUGUGGCCAGGCUUCGAUCAUCGCACGGACGAUGACUCCUUUGCGGUGUUUGCUGAGGAAUCACCCCUCUUUCCGGGGCUUCUGGGCUCGAUAGAGUUUUGA